CAAAUUUUAAAGCAAUGGUACGAUAAUUAGAUUAGAAACCAUAUAUGGUAACCAAAACUGUGUCCGUGGAUUGGACUUGUCGUUUACUAAACUUAAGACAUUAUCAGAUUUUCAAUUUUAGAUACUAAUUAUAUCUAAAUAUAGUUGAGUCGUUUAAAAAAAAAAGAAAAGAAAAAAAAGGGGGUGUUUCUCAUGUUUUCUUCUUCAGUUUUCCUCAACACAAUAUUCCUUCUUCCCGUUGGGAAACAUCUUUAACCUCAUAUGCAUUAGACAUCAAUUUGAAUAGGCCCUCUGAAGUAUUGUCAUUUCACGACACACUUAACAUUCAUAUGCAUAUUAAGCAUCCCAAUCACAAUUGCACCACCAAUAUUGUGAUUGGGAAGCUACCAUCAUCAUCACGUUUGGCCAUAAUUUUGAAAUUGACAUAAUGAUCCGUCUCAACGUUAAACUCCUUUCAUCUCUUCUUUUAACUUUUGUUGUUGUUUCAUGGACCUUGUUUUCUCCCUGCCAUGCAAAUAAUUACGCGUUUAUGGAAGGAUUCACAAAGAGAUCACCAAGCAAUGCAAAUAUUUCAAUAUUAACAUUAGCAGCAGAAAGAACGCGCAGGAUGGACCCUAGUAAUGAUUUCAAGUACUAUGAUGGUGGAUGGGAUAUAACCAAUUCGCAUUAUAUUCUGUCUGUUGCUUUUUCUGGUGCUCCUUUCGUGGCCAUUGGUGUCCUAUGGUUUGUGAUUGUGGCAUUAUGCUUCACCAUCAUAAUUUGUGUGUGUUGCUGUUGUUGCCGCAAGAGAAAGUCUAGGACAGAUUACUCUCGAAAGACUUACACAAUAUCAUUCAUAUUCCUCUCACUCUUCUUGAUCAUGACAAUGAUUGGAGGGACUUUUCUUUACAAUGGACUGGAGAAAUUCCAGGUUACUGCAAGGGAUGUAUCAGAUAUUCUGGUCUCAAGAGCAAAUACAGUAGUUGAUGUUAUUCAUAAGGUAUUGGUCGAUCUUGCAGCGGCUAAGAACAUACAAGUGUCUAGUUUUGCUCUUCCAUACGAGAUCAAGCAAGGCAUUGAAACGGCCGAACAAUUUACCAAUCAAACUGAUUUUAUUAAAAGUCAAGCAGAGGAAACGGCUAGAAUCUCAAUUGAACUCUUGGAUGCUGUAAGUUACAGUCUUAUCAUUGUUGGCACUAUGAUGCUUUUCUUGACAACAAUUGGCUUUAUAAUCUCAAUAUUUGGCUGGAGAGUGAUCGUUUAUAUGUUGCUUUUCAUUGGGUGGAUCCUUGUUACAUGCACUUAUAUAUUGAGCGGCGUAACUUUGAUUGUUCACAAUGGAGUAGCUGACACAUGUGUUGCAAUGGAAGAAUGGGUUGAACACCCACUAAAUCAUACAGCUCUAGGCAAACUUCUCCCAUGCAUGGAUGAGAACGCAGCACAAAAAACCUUGGACAUAACCAAAAACACCUCAUCUCAAGUGGUCACUUUGGUUAAUGCAUUUCUAACUAAUGUGGCCAACAAAGAUAUGCGUCCUCAACAAGAUAGGGAUAUAUACUACAAUCAAUCGGGUCCAUCUAUACCCCUCCUGUGCAAUCCAUUUUACCCUAACAUGACUGAACGGCCAUGUGCUGCAUUAGAAGUAGACUUAAAGGGUGCACAAACAGCCUAUGAAAAUUUUAUAUGUGAUACAUCUCCAACUGGUGUUUGCAUGAGCAUGGGGAGAUUGACUCCUUCCCUCUACUCAAAGGUUAUGGUGGCUACCAACUUAAGUGACACACUACGUCUAAAUGGUCCACUCUUGGCUCGUUUAGUGGAUUGUUCCUUUGUUGUGGACACAUUUGAUGAAAUAAGUAAGACAGAUUGUCCACCAUUUAGGCGAUACAGCAAUCAAGUCUUCAUUUGCUUGGUGUUGGUUUCAGUUGCAGUUAUGUUUUCUGUGAUUUUGUGGGUAAUUUUUGUCAGAGAAAGAAGACUUCAAAUAUCUUCAAAGAGUUUGAAGAGAACACACGUUCAUGGGAUGUAGUUUUUCCAAUAUGCAAUUCUAGGUUUUUUUUCCUCAUAAACAUAAUUUACAUAAUAUUUUAAAACUAAUAAUUAAGAAUUAUCCUGCAACAUGGCAUGACUUUAACGAGUAAAGUGUAUGAAUCUUUUUAAGUAUUGGGAAGAAUAUAAGUGAUAAAUUUACUAUGAUUACAAAUCAUUCCAAUUAUGAUGUGAUGACUCCUCCAAAGGCAUUUUAUACUUUCUUUAUAAAGUGUACUAAUUAAUUUUAA